AGCUACUUCCGGCGCGCGGCGGGCGGAAGUCCGGGUUGGGGUCACCUGACUGGAGUGUCGGCUAGAUAUGGCGUCUUCUUUGCUUGCGGGCGAGCGAUUGGUGCGCGCUUUGGGCCCCGGCGGGGAGCUGGAGCCAGAGCAGCUACCCCGAAAGCUGCGGGCCGAGCUUGAGGCCGCGCUGGGAAAGAAGCACACGGGCGGUGAUAGCUCCAGUGGCCCCCAACACUUGGUUUCUUUCCGUCUCAUACGGGAUCUGCACCAUCACCUGAGAGAAAGAGAUUCCAAACUAUACCUCCAUGAGCUCCUAGAAGGCAGUGAAAUCUAUCUCCCAGAGGUUGUGAAGCCUCCACGGAACCCAGAGCUAGUUGCCCGGCUGGAGAAGAUUAAGAUACAGCUGGCCAAUGAGGAAUAUAAGCGGAUCACCCGCAACGUCACUUGUCAGGAUUCAAGGCAUGGUGGGACUCUCAGCGACCUGGGAAAGCAAGUGAGAUCAUUGAAGGCUCUAGUCAUCACCAUCUUCAAUUUCAUUGUCACGGUGGUAGCUGCCUUCGUCUGCACUUACCUUGGAAGCCAAUAUGUCUUCACAGAAAUGGCCUCGGUGCUCGGGUACAGAGCUGAGUGUUGGCCUGCAUCCCUUAAGCCUGGUUCUCCCCAUCUCCAGCGGGUGCUAGCUGCAUUGAUCGUCGCCUCGGUGGUGGGUCUGGCUGAGCUGUAUGUCAUGGUGCGGGCAAUGGAAGGCGAGCUGGGAGAACUGUAACUGGUGCUUCAUCUUCAAGUCUAGAGAAGACUUUGGGGGCUUCAGGCUCCAAUUGCCAGUCACCGACUCAGUCAACCCAUCAGACUUUUUGUAUUCAGCUCCAGUUAGUCAGAAGACCAGCCCAGGCCAGCUGCUGUUUCUGUGGGGAGCCCUGUGUUCUGUGAAUUUCCAAAGGGAGCAUUGGAGGAGAUUGAGAUAACACAUCUUUAAAACGGCAAGAACUGGUCUUGGUCUAUCAGUACGUCUUCCUGAAUCCGGUACCCAUCUGCCUUCUCUAGUCCAUUCUAGACACAGCUGGGACUAGGGUUUUUCCUUCAGGAGCAGAUGGAAUCCAGGCCUUCCCAGAAGUAGACCAUACUGCCUUGAACUUGUUCAUAUGUACAAACUGAUUACCAGUUUUCUCCAGACAUUUUUAAUGCAGACCUGUAAUUGAGUUCAGAAGCCUCCAAGAAAACAGAAAGGAUCCCCUUUGUCCAGUUUGUGCUGGAAGAGGAGCUGAUCAGAGACAUCAAAUAAGAGAAAGAUGGGUUGCUGUAGAAUGGUAAAACUGGAAGCAAGGCAGCUACCUUUUUGCAAAAGGAAAUGGUGUUAGGCCCCUUUUCCAGAAGAUAAGACAGACUCAUGGAGAGCAAAUGACCGGCUGUGGUCCUUCCUCUGUUAAAUGGAGCCGAAGACGACUAUGUUGUCCUGAAGUCUUGUAAUGUUUAACUUCUGAGAACUUAGAUAAGUGGUGUGAUGAUAGGGUCUGUAUAACGCACUGAAAAGGGUAUCAGGCUUAGUUAUUUAUCCAGUAAAUAUUUAUUGUAUCCAGGGUAUUUCUAUUUUAACUCCUGUGACAACACAAAACACAGCGAUUUCCAUAGUUCUAAUAGUUCUAACUGUUCACGGUCUGCUCCUCAUGGUACACUCUUUUUGGUUCACUGUAUGUACUCCUGUUCUCUCUUUUUUUUUUUUCCAAAGCACUUUUCUGUUUCAAUAAAUUAUAUACUCAUUUGCUCAGUGGACACUUCCUCUACAAUGUUUGCCAGUUUCUGUUAGUUGGAAGAAGUGUCAGCUGUGAGAAGACAAAUUAGGUGGCACUUUGCAGUGUUUCCAGUAACCUGAACUAUAUAAAAUUUGUAUUAAAAAGCUACACUGCGCCAGGUGAGGUAGCUAACACCUGUAAUCCUAGCAUUUUGGGAGGCUGAGGCGGGUGGAUCACUUGAGGUUGGGAGUUCAAGACCAGCAUGGCCAACAUAGUGAAACCCCAUCUUUACUAAAAAUACAAAAAAAUUAGCCAGGCGUAGUGGUACGUGCCUGUAAUCCUAGCACUUUGGGAGACCAAGGUAGGAGGAUUGCUUGAGCUCAGGAGUUCAAGACCAGCCUGGGCAACAUGGCGAAAGCCAAUUCCCAUCGCUACAAAAAAAUUCAAACAUUAGUUGACAUGGUAGCACACGCCUGUAGUCCCAGCUACUCAGGAGGCUAAGGUGGGAGGAUCCCUUGAGCCUGGGAGGCAGAGGUUGCAGUAAGCUGAGUAAGCCAAGCUCAUGCUAUUGCACUCUAACCUGGAUGACAGAGUGAGACCUUGUCUCAGUAAAAAAGCAGGGGGCAGGGGGAGAGGAGAACCAAAUGACCUGUCCUCCAGUUCUCAGUAUGUAGAAGGGAGCUCUCUCAUCUAGCCACUCCUGCCUCAACUAUGCCAUGCUUUCUCUAAUGCACUCUGGGUCCAGGGACUGCUUGGCAGGAGGUGGGAAGAACAAAAAGUUUGGGGCCUUCCCAGUUUCUUAGGGCCUGUCUGGAGAGGAAACUAGGAUUUACUGAGUUUUUACAAUGUGUCACACACCAUGUAAAGCCCUUUACCUACAUUAUUUCUUAUACCUCAAACAGAGAGCAAACAAGUAUCCCCAUUUUUUAGUCACAUAGAGUUCCAGAGUUACCACGGUUACAUAGCAGAGUCAGGAUUUGAAUCCAGUGCAGACCACAGAUACCAUGGUUUUCUCUCCAAAGCAGAGCAGCUCCGGAGGUGGAGGUAACUGGAAUGUCCUAGACUCAGUGGGACCAGGAGCAGGGGCUGCCAGCAGAGGCGCUCAUCUCCCCCAGGGUCUUGUCAGUCAGAACCUUAAACCCUUCAAUUAACUAUCCCUCUAAUCCCAGCAGAAGCCUGGGUAAUACCUCCCACCAAGAAUCUGUGUGGAACCUGGCCCCAUUUUGGGAUUAGGUGAUGGAGAUAAAUUUCCAUGGCAAACGGCCCUCGUCCCCAUUCAUUUGCAGAGCACAACAAUCCAGAUUAAGGUACAGAGUUUGGGUUUUAUUUGGAGAUUAGUUGGUAUUACAGAUGACGGUGAUACCAAAACCCAAUGCUGCUGCACCCGCCUCAUCCCAUAUCUGUCAGGUUGUCUCUACGGCCCCACGUCAGAGGGCAGCCAAUCUGAUCUUUGUGAAAAUUAAAUCAAGAUAAGCCCCAA